UCUCAGUUGGUUCAGCUCGACGACUUGUUUGCCUACUGGAAUGUCAACUCGACUCUCUUCUCUAAUCACAGUGCGGACGAGGCUUUGCGAUGUCUUCAGAGUAGCAUGGAAACCAACAGCUCUCUCUCUGUCGGCCAUGACUUCAUUUUCCGUCCAAUCUCAGCCGACGCUAAACUGCGGAUGAAUCCCCGCUCAGAUGUGGACUUCUCCUCUCCUAAAGUGGACCUCAUGGUCAAUCUGAGUGAGGUGGCCAUUGAACUGAACAGAGCCCAGUACAUUAGCAUCUUGGAGCUGCUGGGCUCAGUGGACAUGAUGUCACGCAACCUGCCGUACAGGAAGUACAGACCCGCGGUCCAAGUUCACACCAAUGCCCAUAUAUGGUGGAAGUACAUAAUAACAGGCACCCUGGAAGUGGACGUGAAGCCUCGUCUCCACAUGUGGUCAUGGGAUCAGAUUCGCCGCCACCGGCAGAUGGUGAAGCGCUACAAAGAGCUCUACAAGACCAAAAUCACCAGCAAGAAACCCAGCGAGGAGCUGCUCAAGGCGCUAGAGGGGCCUGAGAAGACCUUGGAUAUUUUUAACAUCACGUUAGCCAGACAGCAGGCUGAGGUGGAGGCGAGUAAAGCAGGCUUGUGUAUCUACCGUCCGGGGUUAAAGAUGGAGGAGGAGCAGUCCCAGGGUUGGGUAAGCUGGAUGUGGAAUUGGGGAGCAGAGCCAGAAGAGGAAAGAAAAGAAGUCAAGACUGGAGGUUUUGAUGAGCUGUUAACCUCCGCUGAGAAAGCUAAACUCUACACUGCCAUCGGAUACAGCGACGCCACCACUGCUAAUCCCAACCUGCCAAAAAAUUUUGAAGACAUGAAGGUGAACUUCCACAUGGAGAGGCUGACCGUGUCCAUCAAAGACAAGCAAGACAAGAACGAGAUCAUCAAGCUGACUGUGGAAGAGCUCCUGUCCACACUCACACAGAGACCCGGAGCACAAGCUAUCAAAAUCACAGCUCAGCUCAGUUUGUUUGAAGUCACAGGCCUGGCCAGUAACCGACCUGCACCUACGCUCCUGUCGUCCCGUAAGGCAGCCACAGGAUCGGGCACCCCGCUGCUCUGCAUCCUGUUUGAGACCAACCCGCUGGACGAGAGCGCCAACCAGCGGCUCCAUGUGGAAUCACAGCCUUUAGAAAUCAUCUAUGAUGCUAUAACGGUGAACAGCAUGUCGCUGUUCUUCAUGCCUCCUGACGACCUGCAGCUGGACGAGCUCACCAACGCCACCCUCAUGAAACUGGAGCAGUUUAGAGACCGCACAGCCACAGGUUUAAUGUACGUGAUCGAAACCCAGAAAGUUCUGGACCUGAAGGUGAACCUGAUGGCCUCGUAUGUCAUCAUUCCACAGACGGGCUUCUACAACGGCACGCAGAACAUCAUGCUGCUGGAUCUCGGUCAUUUCCAGAUGUCCAGUCAAAGCAAGAAGCACCUGCCUCAGCUGUCAGUGGGCUCCUGCAACAUUGAAGACCUCAUGUCGAGAGCGUACGACAGCUUUGAUAUCCAGCUAAGCAGCCUGCAGUUUCUUUACAGCAAACCAGAUGGUGACUGGAAAAUGGCCCGUAAGCAGAAGCGUUCACCUCUCCACAUCCUAGAGCCGGUGGAUCUUAAGGUCGUUUUCAGCAGGGCGAUGGUCAAAGACUCCCGCAUGGCAAAGUAUAAGAUGUCUGGAGAGCUCCCCCUGCUGUCUCUUCGUAUUUCUGACGUCAAACUUCGGAGUGUUCUGGAGCUGGUAGACAGUAUCCCACUGCCCGAGAGCAGACCUGCAAACAGCUCGGCUCCUUCCAAGCCGAGGUCGUUCACCCCUCAGCUCACUCCCAGGAGACCUCUGAACCUGGCUGACCAGCGCUCGUCUCUCAUGUUCGAGUCAUGUGAGACCAUCAGCAUCACCUCAUUGGGCUCAGAAGAAGAUUUGUUCUAUGACGCUCCCAGCUCUCCCAUUGGUGAAAAACCAUUCUUCGCAGAUAACCCCAUGCCACUGCGCUACGCGGACUUGCACAAAAGAAAAGGUCUGAUCAAGGAAGAUGUGAAGAAAAACAUGACUGACCUCAUCUUGACCUUUGAAAUCAGUGAGUUUUCUGUUCAGUUGUGUCGUCUGUCUGAGGAUCAGGAGGUCCCGGUGCUCCACCUGGACAUAGAGGGUCUUGGCACUGAACUGAAACUACGCACCUUUGACAUGACAUCCAACACCUACCUGCGAGAGAUCUGCCUCAAGUGCCCUGAAUACAUGGAUUCUGAAGAAAAGCAGGUUCAGCUGAUCACCACACUGGAUAACACAGAGGUGGACCUUCUUACCCUGGAGUAUAUAAAGGCUGAUAAGAACGGACCUGAGUUCAGAUCCCAACACAACAACACAGAGCAGCUUAUUAAGGUGACCUUCUCCUCCCUGGACGUACAUCUCCAUACAGAGGCUCUUCUCAACACCAUGAACUUCCUCACCAACCUCCUCCCUCCCUCCACAAAGAAAGAGGGAGGCACGGAGGAGCUGCCCACCAUCCCCGAGGAGGACGAGAGCGAGGCAGAGAAGGAGGGCGAGAAGAAGGGAGAAGCAGCGAUCACCAAGAAAAAGAGUACAAAAAGUAAAAAGUUUGCAGACGUGGUGAAUCUGCAUAUCAGAGCGGAUCUCCGCUGUCUGAAGGUUUUCAUCCGAGGACAGAAAGCCAGGAUCUGUGAGAUUAGAAUCGAAGGUCUGGUUUCUGAGGUUCUGAUGAGGAAGAAGGAGAUGGAGGUUCUGGCCAACCUGAAAAACAUUGUGAUCCUGGACUGUGACAAAGAUGCCUUUUACAAGAAGGCCGUGUCGAUAGCAGAUAAGGAAGUGUUUGCCUUCCGCAUGGUAAACUAUACAGACGCCACAGAAGGGGACGCCUAUCUGGACAUGUCUAAAGUCGACACCUUUGUCACGCUGACUGUGGGAUGCAUCCAGGUCGUCUUCCUCAACAAGUUUGUCUCUUCCAUUCUGGCGUUCAUCAAUAACUUCCAGGAGGCUAAAGAUGCCCUCACCGAGGUGACGGUCCAGGCCGCAGGAAAGGCCGCGUCGGGUGUCAAGGAACUGGCGGAGCGGAGCACGCGGAUCGCUCUAAACGUCCACUUUAACGCGCCCGUCAUCUUCCUGCCCCAGUCCUCCACUUCCUCCAACGUCAUCGUAGCUGACCUCGGUUUGCUGUCCGUCAAGAACGAAUUUGCCAAGCAGCCUUGUAAAAGCAACACGAAGAUCCCGCCUGUUGUGGAUCGAAUGGCUGUGAAGCUGACAGACCUCAAGAUGUACAGGACCACUUAUAUAAAUGAAGGUUUUCAAGGAGAGACACAGCUGUUGAAGCCCGUCAGCCUGGACCUGGAAAUCCAGAGAAAUCUAUCAUCCAACUGGUACCACGACAUUCCUGACAUAGAGAUCACUGCUCAUCUUAAACCAAUGAGUCUGAUCCUGAGCCAGGACGACAUGACGGUGGUCCUGAGGACUCUGAGUGAAAACCUGUCUGAGAAGUCGGAUGCUGUUCCAGCGCCCUCCUCUGCCACCACGGACCACUCCUCUGACUCUGUGUCUAACAAAGAGUCUCAGGGCUCUGGAACCACAGGACCAGCCAGCAGUAACACGGUAGUGACGGCGGCUGUCGUGGAGACUCAGAAAACCAGAAAGCUGAAGAGCACGCUCAAAUUGGACUUCAAGUUUGACUCGAUGACGCUGGUCUUGUACAGCCCCAAUGGCAAUGUGUUACAGGUGUUGGAUUCACACGAUGAGCAGCUGAAGUUGGCAGAGUUCACUCUGGGCACCAUCUCCACCUCCGUCCACAUGUUCUCCGACAGCUCCAUGAAGGCGUCAGUGCGACUGGCUGCCUGUCUUCUCGAUGAUAAGAGACCCAGGAUCAAGAUGGUCACUCCGAGGAUGAUAGCGAUGCGUCCCGGUGCCGAGCAGCACAUGAUGGUGGAGGUGAACUACCAUCAGGGCCGUGAUGGCACCACCUUGGACACAGUGGUGCAGGAUAUUUACCUGUGUGCCAGCAUGGAGUUCCUGCUCACUGUGGCAGACAUCUUCCUCAAGGCCACCCAGCAGGGUUUUGCUCAAGUGCCGCAGCCCAAGAGCAGUUCAGGAGGAGCGGAUAAAAAGAACAUUAGCACCUCCAUCGCAUCUAAAGAGUCAACUCCAGCUGCAGCUGCAGCCGUGGUGUCAAAGACAGAGAUGAACGUUGUGGUGAGAAACCCGGAGAUUGUGUUUGUGGCUGACCUGACGCGUGCCGACGCCCCGGCCCUGGUGAUGACCACAGAGUGCGAACUAGUGAUGAAAAGUGAUGCAGAGGGGUCCCAGAUGACCGCUGCAAUCAAGGACCUCAAG